GGUCACGUGACUUGCAGUCGUCAGGCGGCGGACAGGGCGACAUGGCGGCGGAGGAGUCUGUUGUGAAGGUGAUAGUUGAACACGAGGGAGUGUUUAUACAUCCCAGUGGGGAUGAAGGAUGCAUCGACCAGGAUCUGCUGGUCACAGGAUCCCUUCGGAUUAUCGACAAGGAUGCUGAGGUAGUGGUGGAGUACAGACCUGUAGAGGACACCGAUGACCCAUUAAACAUGCUGUGUGCUGGAAAGGACUCCAGUUCUGUCGUGGAGUGGGCUCAAUGUCCGGGGGAGAAGGCCCAGUCUCAGCAGCUGCUGGAGACCCAGCUGAGCUACGAGACGGAGUGGGACAUGGUGAACGCUGCGUCCUUCAAGAAGAAGCCCUGCACCAACGGAGAGGGCUCUCUGAAUCACAGUCAUGAGAAGAGUCGGUGGGGGUUUUCCGUCAGCCUCUGUGACCUCAGGUCCAUCCGAGUGAAGGAGGAAGGUUGGACCUUCCUCAUCCUCAAGCUGAAGGACUCCACCUCCCUGCCCCCCCUGCACUUCCACCAGGGCGGCAGCAGAGAGUUCCUGGACAGCCUGAGGAGAUUCGCUCUGCUCACCGAGUCUCCAGAUGACGAAACGUGUCUGGUGGUCAACACCCCGAACAAAGCUCUCUCUCAGUCCUUCGAGAACCUGCUGGACGACAACAACUUCGGCCUCAUACAUAAGUUCAGAAGGGACCCGUACGUGGCCACGCUGGGCGGCUUUUCCAAAGUGACCAACUAUAUCUUUGAUGCCCUGCGGGGCCCGGACGAGCAGCCCCAGCGGCCCCCGGAGGAGGUGGCCGACCUGCUGGGGGAAGUCAUCCCCGGGCUGGAGAUAAACCAGCAGGAAGAGCCGGGCUUUGAGGUCAUCACCAGGACGGACCUGGGAGUGAGGCCUCAGGUGAGCCGGGCUGAGCCUCUGUCUGCAGACAACUGGACCAAACACCAGGACGCAGAGGGGAGGAUGAUGAAUGUUUCACACCUGAAACAGGCCGUUUUCAAAGGGGGACUGUGUCACGCCGUGAGGAAGAACGCCUGGAAGUUCCUAUUGGGCUAUUUUCCCUGGAGCAGCACGCUGGAGGAGAGGAAACAUCUGCUUAGAGCCAAAACUGAUGAAUACUUCAGGAUGAAGCUGCAGUGGAAAUCAGUGAGUGAGGAACAAGAGAGGAGGAACUCCAGACUGAGAGACUACAGGAGUCUUAUCGAAAAAGAUGUGAACCGAACGGACAGAACAAAUCGGUUCUACGAGGGCAUCGACAACCCGGGCCUGACUCUUCUGCACGACAUCCUGAUGACGUAUUGCAUGUACGACUUCGACCUGGGUUACGUUCAGGGAAUGAGCGACCUGCUGUCACCCAUCCUCUUCGUCAUGGAGAAUGAGGUUGAUGCUUUCUGGUGUUUUGUCUCCUUCAUGGACCAGAUGCACCAGAAUUUCGAGGAGCAGAUGCAGGGCAUGAAGACUCAGUUGAUCCAACUCAGUACACUGCUCAGACUGCUUGACCUGGCCUUCUCCAACUACCUGGAGUCUCAGGACUCGGGUUACCUUUACUUCUGCUUCCGCUGGCUGCUGAUCAGGUUUAAGAGGGAGCUCAGCUUCCAGGACGUCCUGCGGCUCUGGGAGGUCAUGUGGACCGGGCUGCCCUGUCAGAACUUCCACCUGUUGGUCUGCUGUGCCAUCCUGGACUCUGAGAAACAGAAGAUCAUGGAGGAAAACUACGGCUUUAACGAGAUCCUCAAGCACAUUAAUGAGCUCUCCAUGAAGCUGGACAUUGAGGAGAUUCUACAGAAAGCUGAGGGCAUCUACCUGCAGAUAAGGAGUUGUAAGGACUUGCCUCACUCCGUCAGCGUCAUCCUGGGCCUGGACACAGAGCAAAGAGAAUCCAGCCCGGCAGAACCCGGACCAACGUCUCCUCCACGGCCGACUCCCACUCCGCGGCAGGACGUCUGCUCCAACGGACACUUGAGAGAAAGCAGAUCCCAGCACAGUUGCAAAGUGGCUUUCAUAUCAUAGUGAAUAGAAUAGACUGGCCGCACGUCAGCAGAGCGAUUCUGACUACAGAAGAAGAGGAGGAGCAGAGAUGUAAAAAGGAUUCAAGAUUAUUCAGAAUCUUAUUUUUGUAACUUCUUGUAUUAUGUUUCUUUGAGCAGCCAUUUCUCUCUCAUGAUGGAUUCUAAAAGCUGCAGCUCCGUUUUUCCUGACGCCAUCAUGGUCUCGUGUCCAUCAGAAUAAACCUCCUGAGAGAACUUAGUUCAGACGUUGCUGAGGAAUCUUUGUUUUUUUUGUUUUCUUCUUCCUGGCAGAGAUUGGUGACGGUGGUCUGAACAUAUUCACAUGCACUUCCGCUACUUUCAAUCAGGGCUACAACAAAUCAGUCUCUGUUUUAUCAAUCAAUCGGAUCACUAUCUUAUUGAUUACUUUUAUAUUUGUCAAACGUGAUUGUCUCAAACUGCUCAGUUUGCACAGUUGUCCCAAACUGAAACACAUUUAAUGCACUAUCAUUAAAAUGUUG